UGAGAGCAAAAAAGGCGUUUACCACCCUGUCGAGUGGUAAGUUCAAGCCCUUACUUUCACAGAGCACAGUAUUUGUUCUGCGAGUUUGGGACAACAUCUAUAUCAAGUGACGGUGAGUUUGUGUACGUUUACAGCUUGGUGUUUGAGAUGUUUAAUUGUUGAAUGACCUGGUUUCGAAAUAGCUUAUUUAGCCCGUUAGCUGUUUUACAUAAAAGUCUGAGGUCACUAACAGUCCAUUGCUGCUUUUUCCUAGCCUGGCUGGGCCAUCCAGUUGCGAGAAUCACUUGCCGUUCCUUCCCACAAGUGAUUCACGCAACUGGAUGGCCCAGCCAGGCUAGCUUUUUCCCUCAUUACCUGUGUUGUGACCUUUCGACCGAAUGCCUGGGUGUUUCCGGUUUUAAAAGUCGCUUUUCAAACACGCUAUGAGUCCCCGCAAAUCCCACUACUUCAGAUGACCAAUUUACGUCGAAGUUUCCUUCCAGUAUGCAAAAUGGCAAAUAUAAAGGAUGAUUAAAGAGACGGUACACCCGCUGUGUCUCAUUAGCUCUUACUACCUGUGCGGUGAUUAAGUCACAUUUUCCAUUAAACCCAUUGAAGUUAAUUAUCCACCCUGUGUGGACGGAAAUAGGGCUUACGAGCAGGACUAUAACUUCUGAAUUUCAUAUUCGUUUCCGUUUUGGUGAGUGUGUUGCUAGGCUGUUGAAAUAACAUACCGAAAGCAAAACUUUAUGUUUGGUAAUCUGUAGCCUAAGGUGGUGGUAUUUCGAGGUAACACAUAACGGUGGGUGGUAUCUGUUCUUUGUUAUAUCCGGUAUAAGUAAAUUUUAAGUCAUGAAAUCAAUAGUGUUAUGCACGAAUAGACCAUUGUUGAUGGAUGUUAAUAAAUGUUUCUAACACAGUAACGCCUGUUUUGUUUUUCUCUGUAGCUUGCUAUCACGCAGGUAUGGCUGCUCAAUGUGUGACCAAGGUGGAGCUGACUGUCUCCUGUGACAACCUGCUGGACAGGGAUAUUGGCUCCAAGUCUGACCCACUGUGUGUCCUCUUAAUGAGCAGCUCUGACUCCCAGUGGUAUGAGGUCAGUCCAAUGGCCUACUGACUCAGAUGAUGGAUUUACAGUUUAUAUUUCUACAGUGGUGUUAAGAGUUAUUUUCAAAACAAGCUUCCAAAUGACUUGCAAUACUAGAAGGAUCUUAAAUUAUGUAUCUUGAAAAUACCCAGAGAAGCCCCUGGCAUUUCUGGAUCAUUCUUAUUCAUGGUUUCUUCAUUGCAUAGUACAGUUUUAACACACAAUCAUGGAUGCAAACUCUUUAGAGACAACAGGUUUUAGAUGUGAUUUUAAGCUUAUGCAGUGAUUUCAACUAAAGAUUCAUGGCUGCUUUUGAUACAGUGCUGCCUGAAGGCCUAAAAAUCACAGACAGAUAGACAUUUACCUAAUUGUAAAUGUGAAGGGACAUGGAAAAAUAUGAUUAUUAUAGAUUAUUUUUUAAAUGAUUUAAGCAAGGCUUAUCUAAAAAAAAAUAUCUGGAAGAUCUAUGAUAUAAAAAGAUGGGGCCUGUGUACUGUACGUAUUAUCUUAUUUUCUUGGUGGAAAUGUGAACUUGUACACAAUAAUUUGAACUCAGUUGUACAUUAUUUGUUGAUGAAACAGUACUAAUAUGUGAAAUAUUGAAUAUACAAAUAGAUGUGAAUCCUUGGCUGUUUAAAACUGAAAUACAAUAACAGUGCCAUCAUUGUUUUUUGUCAAUUAUCAGUUGUUGGCCUGUCCUAUUUGUGCAGAGAUUCUUCCAGGUUCUCUGAGUCUUUAAAUGAAAUUUUGUUGUGGAGAAGGUGUAAUUUCAAAUUUUAAUUCUGAAGAAUGUCAAUCUGGAGUUAAAUUAUUCGGUUACACAGUCUCUCACAGAGAAAUGAAUCUUUUCCCCAUUUUUCCUUCUGAGAGACUCAGCCCAUCGGGAUUCUGUUACACAGUCAUGUUGCUAACUUGUUAAAAUUAAUGGAAUAAAAUUGUCUUUGGUGUUAAGAGCAACACAAGUUAGUCAGUUUUGUUGUCCCUACUCUGUUUUUUUUUUUUUAAAUAUGUUUUGUGAUAAAAAGCUGCAGUUACUCAAUAUCCUCUUCCUGUUUUAUGAGUCCAUUCGUUCUAUUGUGUUCUUUUAAAGCAGUGUUAUUUAUCUGCCUUUUCUUAACAGGUGGAGCGCACUGAGAAAGUCCAGAAUUGCCUCAGUCCAAAGUUUGCGAAGAAGUUUGCCAUCGACUACUAUUUUGAAAUAGUUCAAAAACUGAAGUUCGGGAUUUACGACAUUGACAAUAAAACCAUUGACCUGAGUGAUGAUGACUUUCUGGGGGAACUGGAGUGCACCUUGGGUCAGGUAAGACUUUGUCUCCUGGAAAAAUGACUGUGUUUCCGAGUAAAUAUUAGCCCAUGCUCGGUCAGGGUGAAAUGGCUAGUCUGUAUUUCUUCAGUGGAUAAAGGUUUUCAUUUUCUCAACUGACAAGUUUAUGUUGUUUAUUUAAAUAAGACAUGUUUUUAUGCAUCCAGAAGAUGAUUUUGUUGGCAGGAAAAUUACGUUUUCUUGCAGAACACAUAACUUUUUCGAGUAGGGGAGACUGGGGUAAGAUGAGCCAUUUUUCAUAUUUCGGAUCACUACAUCAAGGCAAUCAUAGUUUUGUCUCUAACUAGUGUAUCUGAACAUCCCUGCAAACCAGCAGAAUGAGUGUAAACAUAUCGGUCUUGAUAAUAUAGCAUGCCAAAAAAAAGGUAUCUUACAGGGGGUAAGUUGAGCAUAGGAGCGGGGCAAGUUUAGCCGUAUCCGUACUACCCCCCAACUAUCCUCCAAAUUUCCAACCCAGCCCUUUCUCACCUUCUCUCUCCCUAAGUAACAGUCACUUCUUCACAAUCUAUUUUUGUCUAUUAUAUGUUAUUCAACAGGUACAAUAUUUUUUUAUUAUUAUUGCAUAUAACUGCUAAAAAGCUUUUUUUUUUUUUUAUAAAAAAAAAAAAAACAUUUAACAUGAGAAUGCCUUUAAGUGAUUCAGAACAUUCACAGCUGUAUUUUUGAAAAGAAAAAGUAACACAUUUCAGCAAUCUGAACUGAAACUUUGAUCCUCUCAUCAUACUCCUUUACUUAUCAUGUUGAGCCACUGGCUCAACUUACCCCUGGCCAAAUGGCUCAACUUACUCCAGAACUGCUAUUAUGACUCAAUUAGUCCUCUAAGCUAAAAUGGUGGACUUUUAUGUUAGGUUUUUGACCUCAUGUUGUAGCUCAUAGAUACCACGACUGAUGUAUAAAACACAUUUAUGAUGAUCUUUUUUGGUCUAAACACAAUUCUAAUAAAACUUAUGACAGACUAAAUUCGCUUUCAAGAGUGAAUUUUUUUUUCUUUUUUUGGAAAUUAAUGUCUAAACCCCUCACCCAUGUGCUUCUAACCUUCACAGACUCCAUGAAUUGAUGCCCAUCUCGUAAAUAUUUGGUCACAUGAUCAAUUUCUUUUACCAUUUCCAAGCAACAGGGGCUGGCUCAACUUACCCUUUGGCUCAACUUACCCCAGUCUCCCCCCUGUAUGUCAGAACAUGUUAAAUCGGUUUAGCCUUUUUGUCUGGCUGACAUUAUGUCAUUUUAAGCUCUAACAGUCAUGGGUUCAAUCUAAGUAAAGGAUGCUUUAUAAGCUGACAGCAUCACAGUGUUUCCCCUAUGAUUUUCUUCAGCAGUGGCGCUGCUGUGUCCAGGGAGGGGGAUUUUCGCUGUUUACCCCACUCUCUUGCCGCUCAGGAGCUACGCUAUUACGUUCACAUUACAUUACGUUUCCCACGCUUCUUGCUGUAUAGACCGUGCAUAAGCUUGAACGUUACCCUUCACAUGAAUGGAAGAGGGUCAGACAGGAUUUGAUGUGCUUGUAGAUGACUCAAAACAAGUUGAAAAUAACGUGUGUUGUUGUGCUCACACAGCGUGAGUUGAAAUCAUUAGUGGCGCAUUAAUAUUAAUGAUAUAUUAUGAUCAGGUGAAAUUUCAUUAGCAGCGGACGUAAUUCAAUGAAUGUAGGGGAAACACUGCAUCAGGAGACAUGCUUUGGUGUAACACUGGGCCUUUGUUUUGCCAUGAUAGAGAUUGGAGUUAACAUCUCUGAUAAGCAGUUUCUUUGUCACCUCUCUUUAGUGUAACCUGACCACAGAUGUUCACACUACAGGAUUGUUCUUGAUGAUAAAUGUGUUGUGGUCUAUAACCUGCUGUGUGGUUUAUGCUUAUUGUCUGCACUGCAGCUUGUAGUUCAGUAUUCACUGCCCACUUGCUAACUUUUUUACAGGUGGUGUCCAGUAAAAAACUGACUCGACCUCUCAUCAUGAAGAACAAACAUCCUGCAGGAAAAGGGACCAUCACAGUGAGUGGCAUGAAACUGCAGAUGAAUCAGUCUUUGAUCACUAGCUUUUCUGCACUUAUUCAUUCGUUCUCUGUUUCAGAUCAGCGCUGAAGAAAUAAAAGAUAACAGGGUGGUGAAUUUUGAAGCAGAAGCCAGGAAACUGGAUAACAAGGUGAAAUCAUCCCUCUUGAAAACACAAUAGCAAUCUACAGUUUUUUGAAUUUCAGUUUCAUUGAACUUACUGAGUUGUUUUCAUUCAUCAACAGGAUUUCUUUGGAAAAUCUGAUCCAUACCUGGAGUUUUACAAACAGACAGCAACUGGCUGGCAGCUGGCUCACAGGACAGAGGUACAGAGAAUCAUACAAGUAAAGCUUGUCUUCCAGUUGGUCCGUUUGUUCAACUCAAGUACAGCUUUUACAUAGGGAACAGUUACCAUUUGAUUUUACCUUUAACUUUGGACUUCCUUUUUUGGUUUCUACUCUCAACACAUUUCUGUGUGGGGAAAAGAACAAGUUAUCAGAAAGCUGUGUUUCUUUCCAGCUUCUAAAAUAACAGUUAUGUGCAUUAACAUCAGUCAAAUCAGAACAUUUAGGGCCUGAUCUACUAAUAUCCCAAAUAAAGCGUUCUAAAUUGCGUGUGCAAACUGAACAAUUGCACAUGCUAUUGGUGGGAUGAUCCACUUUGAUUGCGUGCGCAAUUGAUAACAGGUGCAAAAGUGAAGCAGACCGCCUUCUUUAUACAAGGAUUUUGUGUUUGCUACCGGCUGUCACCGUGGAGAGUUUGGGAGAGCAGAGUAGCCUUAAAUGAAAAAUGAAAUUUGAAGACAUGGAGUUGCACCUAUCGUUUUGGGGAAGCCAGCAACUGCAUAAAAUCUGUGUUUUGUGACAUUUACUGCGUCCUGAAUGCGCGCAAACUGGAGAUACUUGCUCAUCCUGCAUGACAUAGCGUUUAAAACUUGGGACAGCAUGACACCAGAAAAACGACUGUGGGAGAUGUCUGCAUUAACCACUCUGUUAUUCUUACCCACAAAACAUAAAGCAAUUUGGCUAACACAAACACAAGUAUCUUUCUCAUGCUCAUAUUAGUUUGAAGCAGAGGUCAAUCCCUUAGAAAACAGAAGAACAGCUGUUUUUAUUUAUGCAAGUUGUUUGUAUAAGUGCUAUGCAAAUGAAGUUAUUAUUAUUAUAAUAUUAAUAUUAAAUAAGAGGAAGUUUGAAGCACACUGUUAUGUAAAACAGACUUAACAAUCACUUUUAAGCGGAACAAAUGUGCUGAAGGUUAACUUUUAUAAGCAAACUCAUAUUAGAAGUGCCCUGAAAUCGCAUGCAGUUUAUGUCUAACAAUUCAUCACAUGUAGAGGUAAGCUUGCAGUGAAUAUUGACAUGAAUAGAUCUUUGCUUUGGCUGCCAGAAACCAGAUUUCAAAUUACUGCCAUGAGGCCAUCAGUUUAUUGCCGUCUCUGGACUGUUUCUUAUGCUAAAUUUAAAUUUAGAAAAAAAAAAAUCAACUUUUUUUGUACCUUUGGUAUUUGAUCCAUCUGAAGGGGAUCUUGUCAGUGUACUUUGCACUUUUCUGUCCUCCUUUAUUUUCUCAGGUGGUGAAGAACAACUUAAAUCCAACAUGGAGACCUUUUCGAAUCCCCCUGCAGUCUCUCUGUGGAGCAGACAUGGACAAACCUAUUAAGGUGACAUUGACAUCUGUUUAGGCCUAGCUACUUACACACAUGAAAUAAUGUCCUUCCACUGACCUGAAACUGCAUCAAUCAUGUUUUUGAUGACUGUCCUUGAUUAUGACAUAAUGCAAUGUUAGUUUUUAGGUCAAAUAAUAAUUUUUCUUUGAGUUACAUCAAAGAAAAUGGACUGACUAUAGAGUUUUCAGGUUGAUGUUCAAAUUUUACUUUCUAACUUUUAAAGCAAACAUGUCAGGAAGGAAGCUGUUUUCCAAACAAACAGUUCAAGUGAGUUACCCAGCGUGUUACAGUGUUUGUCUCUCUUCAUCUCACCAUCACUGAGAAGGUGGAGUGUGUGAGGAGGGCAUCGCCGCAGGAGGGUCUCCAGCACUCUCCAGCCCUUUUUAUAGUGCAAGUUAUAUUACACCCUGCAUUAGUAACCUACACAGCCCACAGUAGCCUAGAUUAAUCAAACGCAAAACACCCCCAUCAUACCCCAACAAGUUGAUUUAUGAAUUUUAAAUAAAUUGUAUAAUUUAAAGGGUCAUGCACUGUGAAACAGGGCAUUAGGACUGACCUCCUGCAAUGAGGCCAGAAAAGGGGAUCCCUGUGAAUAUAAUGAUAUACCAGUUGCAUGCAAACGUUCCUGUACAGUGGUCUGAAUACCAGAGAUUUUUGUAUGAUACCACCAAAAAGGUUUCUUCAAAACUAAAGAGAGUGAUUUUCCAUCCAAUAUAAACCAAUUCAACUAACUUUUGCAGAAUAUGCUUAAUUUCCUUGGAAAAAUGACACCAAAUUCUACAAAAUGUACCUUGAACUUAACAUCUGUAUUUGCCUGUUUGUGAAUAAGGAGUUGGUGGUGCACUGGCUGUGACAGUGGGUGUAGCAGACCCAUGCAGCAGGCAGGAAGUGCAACCUUAGUUAGGAGCAAACCAAAUCCUACACCUUCCAGCAUGAGGUGUCCAGGUGUUAGCAAACUCAGGAGAUUGUAAAUGCUGUGAUACAAUUCAAAUAUAACACCUACCCUCUCAGUUUUACCAGGUUAAUCACUCCACCAGCACUAUCUCUCUCUGUUCCGAUCCAUUACUUGCUUUCUUUCAGUUGCAGCAGCUUCUGGUUGGAAAUUUAAGCAUGAGGUCUUUUUUGCUGAAGUUUUGGUGCUUUUCAGUACUGUCAAAAGUAAAAAAUAUCUUAUCAGAACACUUGAUUUAACACCAGAAUUAUCUAUAGAAUACGUGGUUAGGAAAAUAGUCAAAUCACACACACAGCACUGUUCCACCCUUCCUGCUCCUCUGUUAUACAGCAACAUCCUUUUGACUGAACGCCUCUUUUAUUACCAUCAGUAUCUGGAGAGAGGUGGGAAAACUUGUUACUACUAACAUACCUCUGUGGCGUUUACAUAUAUGGUCAGACGUUACAGGACGCGAAUAUCUCAGCUUGAACUGGCAAUGUCAAAAGGGCUGAGGUUUUCUUCAUUCAACUUGAUGCAUUCAUCUAAACUACACCAUCUUUUCUCAUUUGUCAUCCUACUUCCAGCAUCUGUUUGAUUAUGGAAAAGAGUUGUGUUUGAGUCUCACUUUUGCACGUUUGUGUUUCUUUUAUCUUCUCUGCCUCCAGUUUUUUAAGGGUUAGUUCUCUCAGUUACACAAUUACUUGAACACCAUCUGGUGUUGCAGAUAUCUGGGUUUUAUUGUUGAGAUUUUACAAAUCUGCCUCGUUGAACACAAACAGAGUUACAGUUGUUUUGGAUAAUGCACAGAUUAGGGUUGGGUAUCGAGAAUCGAGUAUCGAUGGGGAUCGGGACUAACAUUUGUUCCAAAAUUUAAAAUUUCGAUUCCAAGUUUCGAUGCCAGAGUCCGCCGACUGGAAGAAAUACCCGCGAACACCAAUAAAGAAGCAGCAAUGCAGCCGCUGUGGGUUGUAAUGCACUCUCUCUCUCUCUCUCUCUGUCUCUCUUCUCUCUCGCUCUCUCUUUGGCUUCGUCUCAUACGCUCCGUCCACUUGGUGUUCGGCGGCCUCUUCUUUGUUGGUCAAAAGUUUGUCUAACUUUAGCAGGAGGAAUGAACUCUUAUCUCAGUGCAACAUUAGCAAUACAGUUAUAUCAUGAAAAGGAGGGUGCACGGCCAACAUAAUUAAACACCUCAGGAUUCAUGGAGGAGAAAUACCCGAGUGCUCGUCCUUGAUGCACUUCGCCGGUGUUGUGUCGUAGAAUGCACCCCUGACGGGAGCGCGGUUGAAAGUACUUAACAAGGUGAAAUAAGUUUUUCUUACUGUUGGACGGAAUCUAAAGCGUGUGCCUUUAAUGGUUUCAUUCAGGCUAUUCAGUUAAACCGAACACGAUAGCCCUCUGAUUCUGAAUAUUUGCUGUCCCGAAAAUAUAAUGUUCUCUACCUUGACAGUUUACUGUGGAGUCUAUACACCCAAGUACACCUCUAUAUGUGCAUUUUUGAGACACAUAAAAACAAAACGAAAGUUUGCUGCUCCAUUUGACAUGUUGUCAUGAUCUAAUACCCGUGUUUUUUUAUUUUUUAUUAUAUCAUUUUCUUCCACUUUAAAGGGGACCUGCCAUCAAAAUGUAAUUUUGUGUGUUUUUUGUGUCAGAUAAGGUCCAUAUUAUGUUCGUCUUAUGUUGUAAACGUGAAAACAAACCAUUACGUCGUUUGCAUUCUGUAAAGGUUUAAAAUAAAGGAACGGGUAAACCACGCCAAUUGAAAAAGCAGGUCCCUCUGACGUCGCGCUGACCUUGCUCAUUAUUAUUCACGAGCGCGUCCUCGGUGAGCCGUGCCCACUCUCUCGUUCUUGUACUCAUUCACAGUCAACAUCACUCUCCAGCCAGAGCAAGACCCAGCUACCACUGUACCCGCUAUGGGUCUCUUCCAAACGACCGGUGUUUCCUUGGGUUCACCACCGGGGAAAUGAACUUAAAGCUGGGCAGAAUGAAUGAGAAAACACCGCUGGAGAUCUCCGGCUUCUUCUUCAACUUCCACCUCCUCUUCUGACUUGGGUCUAAAAUAUAUGGUUUAAUACCUGCCAUUUUAGCCUUUAGCAUAAGGUGACCAGACGUCCCCGAUUUCCGGGGACAGUCCCCGUAUUGGAUGACCUGUCCCCAUCAAAAGCUGUCCCCAAUUUAAGCGUUUCAUGAAUGAGAGCAAAAAUGUUGCGUGUGGGCUCGAACAACGGUUAUUACAGUAGCCGAAUAGGUAGGAAGCACAAGUAAGCAGUCCUGAACAACAGUUUUUAAGGGGGUGAUUACAAGGGGCAUGCGCUGCUACUAAAUAGUACCGAGAUUUUGUCUGUGAUCACACAGCCCCUGCAGCCCCAGCACCCGCCGCUGCCGCUGCACCGAAUAUCCCCGGAUAUCAUUACAGACAUCUGGGCACCUUACUUUAGCACACAUUAGCAAAAUGGAUAAACCAAAAUCUGAACCUCCACUGCUGAGCCAAUCAGAGCACAGCAGGCUUCACAGCAGCGAUCCAAUCAGAGCCAAGCUCAUUACCAUAAAUGUUAAUGAGCCAAAAUCAGUUGGUUUUCCUGUAAGGUUUUUUAGGCAUACUCAAACAAACCAUCAAAUAACUUUUCAGCUAAAAUUAUGUUGCAAACAUGAUCAGAGGACAUUAAGGAUUAUGAAAAAAUGAUAAAAAUGUAUAUGAAAUUUUGAAUGCAGGUCCCCUUUAAGAAGCUAAUGAGUGGAGGGGAUGCAUUCUACGCAGGGGUGCAUUCUAUGGCACAACACCGGUCAACCAGCCAUAAUCAGAUAAGUGAAACAAUAAAUUACUUCUGUCUUCUGCUAACAUUGAAGUGGCAAACAAAUUGUACUGUGUACGGUGGGUAAACUUAAAUAUCCAACUAACGUUAGGCCUUGUACUUCUUCAUAGACAAACAACCUGACAACAAAAAUUGAUAUUUAUAUCCUGGUUGAAAAUAGCCCUGUGAGAAAUUCAUAGUAAAGUUCUUUAAAAAGUUAAUAUAAUUUGAAAAAUUAAUGGAGAAGUUCAUAAAUUUCAUCCAAAAAGAAGAACUCCAGUUAACACCCUUAAUUUAACCAUGCAUUUUUUUAAAUAUCCUGCCUUUUAAAAUAAUCGAAAUAGAGAAUCGAUAGGAAUCGGAAUCGAAACGAGGAAUCGGAAUCGUUCAAAAUCAAACGAUACCCAACCCUAGCACAGAUCUCAUUAGGUACUCAUGUCUCUGUUUAUGGUAAUGUCUGCAUUAGUUUUUGUGGUUUGGGUGAACUGACCUUUGUGUCUGUAUCUGUGUUUGCUGUUUGAAAGGUUCAACAGUUUCCUCUCUUCCCUCAAAACUAAGUAUAUUUACUGUUUCCCAGGUGGAGUGUUAUGACUAUGACAAUGAUGGAUCGCAUGAUCUGAUUGGAUCCUUUGAGACCACAAUGACACGCCUCCAGGAAGCAUCACGAACAUCACCUGUAUGAAUGUUUUGUUUGUUUGUUCCACAGUUUAAACAUUUGACCCACCAUCACUCCUAUCAUUAUAUGAUAAAUUAACGUUCUUUUGGUGCAAAAGUUGUUAUUGUAACUACGUCACAGAAAUGUUCCUGAUCUUUUGGCAAUUACCCUGAUCCUCCCCUGAUUUGUCUGCAGGCCGAGUUUGAAUGCAUCAAUAGUAAAAAGAAGCAGAAGAAGAAAGGCUACAGGAACUCUGGUGUUGUGAGCGUGAAGCUCUGCCAGGUGAAGUGGUCUUAUAGUCUUGAAAUAGUGAGGGAUCCGAGUUAAUGUUUUUAUACUUCUCUAAAUGAGACAUUUUCUCUUUCAGGUGGUGAAGGAAUACACUUUCUUGGAUUACAUUAUGGGAGGCUGUCAAAUCAACUUCACUGUAAGUUUUCUGAUUCUCUUGUAGGAAUUAUUUACAUUUAUGUGCGUACAAUAAAGUGGAAAGUUAUCUGUAACUGUCAUUUUUACUGAUUACUUGGUUUUCUGCUCUCUCUUAAUGGUUUUUUCUCAGGUGGCGAUUGAUUUCACUGGUUCAAAUGGAGAUCCUCGCUCUCCUCAGUCUCUGCAUUACAUCAGUCCUCAGGGCGUUAAUGAGUACCUAUCUGCUAUCUGGUCAGUGGGCAACGUCAUCCAAGACUAUGACAGGUAUGUAGUACAUACAGAUUUUCAAACUUCAGACCUGCUAUAACAGCACAUGGAUGAGGUGUGGACAACUGUAACCUUACAACCACCUGUGCAAUUUAAUAUCAUUUAGUCCAAAAACUCAACUGUCAAUUCUGCUCAAACAAAGCUUCUACAUUUUCAGUUUUCACUACAGAUCUGAAAAGUCAUAGCUUUAUUUGUAUUUUCUCUUGAAGCUGAUCUCUCUAACAUCGGCCUCUGUCUGUGUGAGUUUUAAAGGAAACUUGUGGCUUAGCUGCAAGCCUUUUUAUAACACAAACAGUGUGAGCAUCGACACUGUGCUCAACAGUCCGACCAUACACUGUUAAGAUAUACCUUUAUUAGUCCCACUGAGGGAAAUUCCAAAAAUUACAGCAGCAUAAAUACAAUACAAAGGAGAAAUUAAAGGAUUAAGAAGAAACUUCGAUGCAUGUGUACAGAAUAUACACUACAGGCCAAAAGUUUGGAAGCAAGGCCAUUACAGGCCGAACAGUUGGGAGUAACUUCAAGUUUUUGUUCACAAUACUUUUUUUAAAAUCCAGCAUGAGUUUUAUGUAUUUUGGGAUGUGUUUACUCCAUGAUCAGAUGUUGCUUUCAUGAAAAUGCACCAUUUUACUCCAUUUACCUUUAGAUAUACAUUGAUGUUAACAAACCAUUGCUAAAUAUAUGUCAGCAAAAGAUAAUAAGGGCUUAGUUUUAGGGUUGAAAACAUUUGCAAGUAGUGCUGGGCGAUAUGGAAAAAAAUGUAUAUCACGAUAUGGAUCAUUUUAUAUCACGAUAACGAUAUAUAUCACGAUAUAGCUAUGGUAUGCUUUCAGUUCUAUGAAAAAUUUAAGUGUAUACAGCUGCACUAGUACAGUACCAGUACAAGACCAGCACUUAAAACUAGAAAAAUGAAUAAAUAAAUACGUGGCUGAAGUGCGUUCAUGUCUGUGCUCACCCAAAGUUAUGCAACACUCACAGAAAACGCCGAUAGUGUGAGCCAAAGCACUCCAUAAUAAUAAUAAUAAUAAUAAUAAUAAAUUUAAUUUGUAAUGCACUUUACAUUUACAAAAAAUCUCAAAGUGCUACAGUACACAGUAAAAAAAGAGCAGCAACAGUAAAAAAGCAAUAGAAUGACAGUCACAGAUUGGCAUAAAAAAGCAUAAAAGAAUAAAAAAAAAUAAAGAAUAUAGAGUUGCAAUGUAAGAGGCAAGGUAGUAAAAGCAUAAAGGAAAGCUAACCUAAAGCUUUAUUAAAAAGGUAGGUCUUUGGGGCUCUUUUGAAGAGGUUGUUCACACUGCUAGAUGUUUCUCCUCCAAAGCUGCUCUCUGCCUCCAUCAUUGUUUACUUUACUCUUGAAGCACGUAGCAAGACCCGAGCAUGAAUCCGAGCGCUUUAUUCGCCUAUCAGGGGCAGACAGGUAAGGUGAUUUGAUUCACCACGACUCCAGAAAUGAUUGAAAAACUACAGAAUGUCACAAAAUUACGUUUCCCCGCCCCUGGCUUGAAGGGUACAAAUGCGCAGCCGCGCUCCCAGCUGACAGGAAGUCAAACCACUGUUGCAGUUCUUUUGUGUUGCUAGUGCGAUCAAGAGUGUUGGCUCUCACUGAGAGAUGACUACAAAAAUGGACGCACCUGUUCAUCUGGUUGUUAAACACGGCUGAAAAUGAUCAUCUUUUAAUGUUGUUCCUGCUCCUGCCCACUCCCGUUGCCUUUUUUUCCCGUCCCGUCCCGAUCAAGGGAUUCAUUAAAAAAUGAUUCCCAUCCCGUGGGAUUCCCGCGGGAAUCACGUGACCCACGGGAAUUCCCGAAAAAUGUCAUCCUCUACAGGGAAGGUCCCGGAGCAGAUGAAACAGGUGCCGUAACGGCUGAAAUAGGUCCCAGAUCCGAUCAAAAGAGGUCCCGGAUCGCGCUCCGACUUGCUCCGGCACAAAUUAAGCACUGCUUACAAUGAUCCCCUCACGUGUGUAACUCAGGUAACCCGCAACGGCGGGAGACGCUGGACACGAAGAGGGCACGUAAAGCGGCAUCAUGUCGCAAAAUCGAAAGAGAAAUGCGAGCCUACAUGUCAACGCAUCCUUUUCUUUGUAAGAAAAUAUUGUAUUGUUUCCCGUUCGACACCAAAUACACUUACUGAAUGUGCAAUUAUUGUUGUUGCUACUAUGAAUCAUCUGAUGGCACAAGCCCUAUGGAUAAAAUACAGCCUAUCGCCGAAACGAUAAAAAAAAAAAAUGGCACGAUAGACAUUUUCUAUCGUGCCCACGAUAUUUAUCGUCCUAUCGCCCAGCACUAUUUGCAAGAGUCAACUUCAGUGCAAAAGCAAAUAAACAAAUAACAGUUGGAUUAUUCACUUCAACUUUUUGGCUUUUGAGAGUCUGCACACAAAAAUACUAAUAAAUCUCAACUGCGUUCAAACUACCGCAAAAAUGGCUAGAAAGAAGCAACUGAGUAAAGAAACAAAAGUACAGAUUUGUACAUUGAGGAAAAAAGGAUACACAGAAAGAGAAAUUGCAAAAUGCCUAAAGGUGUUGAACAGAAGAGUCCACUACACUCUGAAGAGACUAGAGGAACCUGGAAGUUAUGAUGAUAGAAAAAGACCUGGACGAAAGAGAGUUACUACAAAAGCAGAGGAUAAACAUAGCAUUGUCACCAGUGAGAGAGAUCGGCAAAAGACAGCACCAAAAAUAAGGGAGGAAAUCAACAUGACAAGGUCAUAACCCAUAUCUCUGACAACCGUGAAAUUACGUUUGAGAAAGGCUGGUCUGAAGGGUUGUGUAUCUGCAAAAAAACACUACUUCGUCCACAGAACAAAAAAAAGAGAUAUGAGUGGGCAAAAGCGCAUAAGAAUUGGACUUAUGAUAACUAGAAAUAAGUUUGCACUGUUUGGUUCAAAACGCAGAGUUUAUGUCCACAGACAAACUGGUGAACCUCUGAAAGCACCAUGUGUUAUACCCACAAUUCAGCAUGGAGGUGUUAGUUCCAUGGUAUGGGGAUGUUUUGCAGGUGAUGGAGUAGGAGAUUUUUUUUAAGUAAAGGGUAUUAUGAAGAAGGAACAGUACCAAUCCAUUCUCCAGCACCAUGCUGUUCCAUCUGGACUCAGACUUGUGGGUCAUAAGUUUGUUUUGCAGCAAGACAAUGACCCUAAGCACUCUGCCAAGCUCUGUCAGGGUUACCUAGACAAAAAAAGAAGAGGAAGGUGUUCUUCAAAAGAUGGUUUGGUCCCCUCAGUCUCCAUACCUUUCUCCAAUUGAGCUUGUGCGGGAUGAAUUGGAUCGAUCGGUCAGAAAAACGCGUCCCACGAAUCAGCAGUCUCUUUUUAAUGAACUUAAGAAAGCUUGGAAUGCAAUCCCUGGAACAUACCUUAAAAAAAACUUGUGGAAUGAAUGCCUCGUAUAUGCCAAGCUGUUGUUAAAGCCAGAGGAGGUUACUUUAAAGAAAGUAAAGUCUAAGCAACAAUAACUCAAAUACCUAAUAAUUAUAGUCAAAAUGUCUUCUGAUAAGUUACUCUUCACACAAUAGUCAUGUUUAUUGUGUUGCAAAUUAUAUAUAUGAAACUAUGAUCUUUUUUUGUACAAAUCUGAUCUUGCUUCCAAACUUUUGGCCUGUAGGGUAUAUCCUACUGAGUAUAUCCUUGUUGGAGGCAACUUUAAUAUGAUACAUAUAAAAAUGGUUUAUUGCACAUUGAGGUUUCUGUUGUGAAGUCUGUCAGUUGCAGGAAGGAGUGACCUGUGAUACCUCUCCAUAACACACUUUGGGUGGAGCAUCCUGUCCCUUAAGGAGCUCCUCAGUGCAGUGAGUGUGUGUUGGAGGGGGUGAGAGUCACUGUCCAGCAUGCAGGACAGAUGGGCUGUGAUCCUCCUCUCCCCCACCUUCACAAGCCUUAGCUAACUCCGGCUGGUUUACAAUGAGAAUAGACAUACAUAUUUCUUGUAUCAUGUCUCCUUCUCCUUGUCCAUGAACUGGUACUGUCCUGUCUAAAUAAAUGAAUAAAUAAAUAAAUAAAUAAAUAAAUAAAUAAACAAGUUCUAGAGGGCAUCCCAGGACAGAGCUGGCCUUUUUUAUGAGUUUGUCCAGCCUCUUCCUGUCAGCUGCUGUGAUGCUGCCCCCCCAGUAGACCACUCCAUAGAAAAUGGCAGAGCCCACCACAGAGUCAUAGAAGGUCUUCAGGAGUGCCCCCCGCACCCCAAAAGACCUCAGCCUCCUGAGCAGAUAGAGCCUGCUCUGUCCUUUCUUGUAAAGUACGUUGGUGUUAUGAGUCCAGUCCAUUUUAUUGUUCAGAAGAACACCCAGGUACUUGUAAGAUGUCAUCAUCUCAUUGUCCCUUCCCUGAAUGUUCAUGGGUGGGGGGGGGGGGGGGUGCCUGCAGAAGUCCACAACCAACUUCUUCGUCUUUCCAGUAUUGAUCUGGAGGUGGUUCCGCUGGCACCAGUCUACAAAGUCCCGGACAAGUUCUCUGUAUGCCAAGUUGUUCCCGUCAGUGAUGAAGCCGAUUAUAGCAGAGUUGUUAGAGAACUUCUGCAGAUGGCCCAUUCCCUGGGGGGCCCCUAUACUACAGAGGGCAGUCUCCGAAACACAGUCCCGGGUCCUCACAUACUGUGGGCGGUUGGUAAGGUAAUCCACAAUCCAGCAUGUGAGGUGUUGGUCCACUCCGGAGAGCUCCAGCUUGCCCCUCAGGAAGGCCGACCUGAUGGUGUUGAAAGCACUGCUAAGGUUCAGGGAAAGGACCCGACCAGAGCUCACAGGCAACUCCAGGUGAGACAGAGCUCGUUGAAGGAGGGAGAUGAUGGUGUCGUCCACUCUGAUGCCAGUCUGAUAUGUGAACUGCAGUGGGUCCAUGGAUGAGCUCACCAGGGGGCGCAGGUGGGCAAGGAACAAUUGCUCCAGGGCCUUCAUGAGGCAUAAUAUUAAGACCAUCGUCUGAAGCAGCUAGGGUCCUUAGGUUGUGGAAUCUUUGGAACUGGUACCAUGCAGGAUGUCUUCCAGGGGCGUGGUACCCUUCCCAGUUUCAGGUUCAAGUUAAACAGAUGUCCAAUGAUCUCACUUAGCUGGUCUGAGCAGGACCUGAGCAGUCUUGAACUAAGGCCAUCUGGUCCCGCCGCCUUCAUGGUCUUGAUCCUCCUGAGCUGAUUCCUCACCUGGAGGGAUACGAGGAACAGGCUGGAGCAGGGCGGCUUUGUGUCUGGGAAUGCAGAUGGGGAACUAAGAGGAGCAGUAGGGGGUUGGGCUUGUGGUGGUGAGCUGAAUACUGCAGGGAGGGAGUUGAUGCGGGGACUUGGGCAGAGCACUGGAGGAUCAAAAGAUAGGGGCUGCUGCAGGGGCUGCCACAGCUGAGGGAAGGGCAGAUACAUUCUCAAACCCACAAAAGUAGGUGUUUCGUUCAUCUGCCCACUUUUGGUCCCCAGCUGCCUGGGAGUUGGACUCCUGGUGGCCUGAGAUGGUUUUCAGGCCACUACAGACUCCACUGGUGUUGUUCUCCUUCAGCAGAUCCUCCAUCUUCUUUCUGUAGCUGUACUUCUACUCCCUGAUUUUGCCUCUCAGUUCACUUUGAACAGUCUUCAGCUUCUCUUUGUUCCUUGACUUAAAGGCCCUCUUUUUCUCCUUUAAAAGAGCCUCAAUGUCGGGAGUAAUCCAGGGUUUGUUGUUGCCACAUCAUUUAUGAGCUUUUGAUGAGCUGACAGCUCACCAUGGCAUUUAUACACACAUACAGAGCCAGGUCUCUGCUGCUGUGGCCUUCAACUGUAUUUAAAUGCUUAGCUGUUGUGUCACUAAAGCACCAUUGUUAAUUGUCGUGUUUUUCUCUCCUGUGCAGCGACAAGAUGUUUCCCGCAUUUGGCUUUGGAGCCCAGAUUCCUCCCACAUGGCAGGUAAGACUUAAAUGUGAACUCAUAAAUUCAUGCAAACUUUCAUUAGACUGGAACAGGGCUGCAACUGUAUAAGUGCUUAAAUACUGUCAUUAUGAAUGCAUUGAGUUUGAGUCAGCUUAAUGGUUUGAGUCACCCUUUGCUGCUUUGUUGAACUGUUGGCUAUCAUGUGGGAUCUUGCGUUUCGUUUUUAACAGGUCUCCCACGAGUUUCCUCUUAAUUUCAACCCUUCAAAUCCAUUCUGUGCAGGUAUGUUUAUGAUUGCAGCACAAGUGCAUUGGGACAGCCUGAUAUGAUCUUGUCAACAUCUCCAAUUUAUACACAUUUAAUUUUUUGUGGAUUAAUAUACAGUAGGUGUGAUCCCAGGUAUGUAGGUUUCUGCCAUGGUUGAGUUAGAGAGUACUGAGUGUUAAAAAAAAGAACCAUUAAAAACAUAAAAUACAAUCAGUGUGUGCAAUAAAAUCAUAGUUGCUUUUUUCAAGUUUUUGGUCCAAAAAAGAACUAGAUUUUGUUCUUUUAGGCCUCGUAAGCUCAAAUCCCUGAUCCCUGUUCACUAAAAAUGUCCUGAAUUAAGUGUAUUAUCAAAUUUUACUGUAGAUUCAGAGACAGAUAUUCAGAUUAAAAGCCAAGACAAUCCUAUUUUGGUGUGUUUUACUGAUUACAUGUGAAAAUCCUCAACUUUGCAAACAGGGAACUACACUUUCAACUGUAAUUUCUUGAAAGGACAUUUGGCUAAAGAUCCCGGCCUUAUCCCAAACACAGAACGAAAAUUUAGUUUGUGAUUGACAAGUGGUUGAGAUUGUUUUUACACGUUCUGAACCCAAAAUGAGUGUGUUUCUGCACAGCACGGAGGCAGUGAUGACACCUAACAGGUGUUUUUAUUUGUGUUUCUAUGUAGGUGUUGAGGGCAUAGUGGAGGCCUACAGGGUCUGCCUGCCUCAGGUCAAACUUUAUGGACCUACCAACUUCUCCCCCAUCAUCAACCACGUCGCUUGUUUCGCCAAACAAGCCCUGCAACAGACCACAGCAUCAGUGAGUGUUACUCUGUUCAGGAGCAACAAUAAUGACGUGGACUCUCAAAGCUGUGAAUGCACAAAUUCACAUUUUUAACAGGGUUUAAAGCUCAUUCAAAGGAGGAUGUUUCCUCUGCUUCCUGCUCAACCUAGAACUCAGCUCAACUGCUGAUGCUCCUGUUAGUUUUCAUGAAUUAUCUUAUUUAGAGAAGAUGCUCUGAGCUCAGCCUGCUGCCUCAUGAUUUACUUAACAGCAUAAAUUAUUAUUAUUAGCAGAAUGCGGACAAUGUGAGAUGUGGUACAUAGACAUUGCGAGGUUACCAGAUGGUUUCUAGACUUUUUUGUUGUGGCUAUUUUGAUUUUUUUUGCCAUUGGAGUAAGGUAAAAGUGAAUGCAAAGUUACCAACAAUGCUGGCUCCAGCAGGAAUCCAUCAUUUUUCGUGUUUAUGAUAUUGACUGGGGUAUAAAUGUGGGCUGCAACAAAAGCCUUAAAACAGACAUUUUGAAACAAACUGCAGGGUCUCAAGAAUGUGUUUUAGCUCAAAGGACCACUGAACAAGAUAUUUUACAGGUUGUUGUGGGUCUCAAAGACAGCCAUGCCCGAAAUUCUCAUAUUUAUGGUCAAAAUUACUUUAGAUGGAACCAUAAUUAAUACAUUUACCAAAAAAAGCAUCUUGGUGAGCUCAUGAAUAUUUAAACGUAAACUGAGAAUAAAACCAUUUUCUCAGACUUCUUUCAGACCUGUGGGUUGCCCCCUGCUGGUCAUAACAAAGAAUGCGAUUUAUUGGUUUCAUAGUCUGUAUUUGCUGAACACAGGUUUGAGGGUUAGUGCAUGUUUUUGACAUGUUAAUAUGCCGGUAUUGACGUGAUGAGUCUCAAACUGGCCAGAAACACAUUUGUUUUUCUUCUUUGCUUUACUCAUCCUGCAGCAAUACUUUGUGCUGCUGAUCAUCACUGACGGAGUGAUCACAGACAUGGAUGAGACUCGCAACGCCAUAGUCAGCGCUUCCCGUUUGCCCAUGUCCAUUAUUAUCAUUGGGGUUGGGGGAGCAGACUUCAGCGCCAUGGAGUUCCUGGAUGGAGAUGAUGGACGUCUGCGUUCUCUGUCCGGCGAGCCCGCCAUGAGAGACAUCGUCCAGUUUGUUCCAUUCAGACAGUUUAAGAAUGUAAGUGCAGGAGGUUUUUACAUAUUUAUUGGUUUUUGUUUGAGCUGUGAGGGUGUUUGAUUUGAUUUCCGCUGAUUUUCCAGAGCUAUAAAAACUGCAGGAAUCAAGCUCAUUCUCUGAACAUUUCACAGCUGCAUUUAUGUUUUAUCUGCUUCACGGUUACAAAUCCAAACACAGAACAUGUUCCUUUCCAAGUGGCUAUGAACAUGCCCUAACCAGACUUGGAAAUCCCCAGCCCAGACCCAUAAAGUCCAGGUCGUUCAAAAGCUUUAAUCUGGAUUAAAAUGAGCUGGAUUCAGAAAUCCUCUAAUUUUGCUGUACAUAAUCAGGUAAUCCAUCACACCUCUGUCCCAGAUCAACAGAGCUGUAGAAGUGACUACAUGCAACAUAACUGAUCCACAAGGCAUGCAAAAAUCCAUCCAUGACUGAUAGUGCUGGACGAUAAAAUUAUAAUGAUAAAUAUCGAAAAUUAAUUUCCCUCAAUAUAAAACAUGUUCAAGAUGCUUUUUUGAUUGUUGGUAUUAAAAGGAGAAAAGUGCGUUCUCCAGGAUUUAGCUGGGUUUAGAGCGACAAGGUGUAUGGUGUGUGUCCCCGUUAAAAGACACGGAUACAGAUGUCCAGUUUAGUGGUGGAUUUAUUUGACUGUGGUUCUACAGAUAAAUAUACAAAGCAACAAUCAGUACAGCUCACACCAUAAAUAACACACAUACAUAAUAUAACUCUGAAUAUAAAGGACUGUAUUCAGCAAUCAAUCAUGUGAUAUAUGACUCUGCAUUGUAAACAAAUUAUCUCACACGAGGCUCACAACAGCCAUGGCAAGAAUUAGAUUAUUAGCUGAACAUCGAGUUGCAUGAGAUAGCAUUAGCCAUAUUCACGGUAAACAAUACAUUAACACAAUAUAGCAUCAAACUUGGACAGUGAAACAUAAAACUCACUUCUGGCAUUUACACACAAUAAACCCAGGAUGUAAAGGUAAAUAUUGGGUAAAAACAGGUAAGAAGAAAUUUAGGAACUAUCCUCUGCUGUAUGAGGAGGAACUAGUGUUGUGUCAUACAUGAACGUUUCGUCUGUUGAAUACAUCUACAUUGAUGCCACCUCCUUCAGUCAUAUAUGCGUGACUGUAGCUUUCGGCCAGGAGAAGAUGUCGUCAGGUGGUGUCCAAUUUUCACUGGGCGUUUCGACCCUGAACCACAACGCCCUCCAGUUGGCGGGUCGGCAGUGAUGGCCAGUCACUGCCCAUCUUCUCCUGGCCCCUAGCUUAACUCCUCCCUCCUAUUCCAGAGCCAACAAGAUGCUCUUUCUGCAGCCUCCCCUAACCUACAGUCCGCUGCCCUCCUCUCCCUUCCUGCAAUUCCCAGGGCUGUGAGUGUCUUCCACACAGACUGUGCCGGGAAACCCCUGCAGCCAACCUCGGCCGGGAACAGCCAGGCUUGCCAUCCUUUCUCCCUGCAUUGCUGGACGAGGUCCUGAUACUUGGUGGCUUUCCUCUCUGCAGCCUCCUCACAUCCGUCUUCCCAUGGCACUGUCAGUUCGAUCAGGAUGAUCUUCUUUGCCUCAUUAGACCAUAUGACCAAGUCGGGCCUGAAUGAUGUUUGCACAACCUGGGGGAAGGGUAGCUUCCUUCCCAGGUCCACUCUCCCACGAUUGUGCCAUUUGCAGGAGGCUCUUCUUGGUCUUCUUGGAGGAUGAUGGUUUCUCUCCCUCCCUGAUGAACUGGAUGGAUGGUGUUGGUUUUGCCAUGGUCAGGCGCUUUUUCAGUCUCUCCCGCUCCAAGAUGUCUGCCAGUGCUCGGAGGACCUUGUCAUGGCGCCAUCGGUAUCUCCCCUGGCUAAGGGCAGUGUUGCAUCCUGCCAGUAUGUGUGCCAUAGUUCCUCUCCCUCCACAUAACCUACACAGUGGGUCCUCCCUCAUCCCCCAUCUGUGGAGAUUGGAUGGUGUUGGUAGGGUGUCGUACACUGAUCGGAGCAGGAAAGAGAUGCGAAAGGGCUCCAGUCUCCAGAGUUCAGGCCACGUGAUCUUCCUCUUUGGCAGGUCCCACUUUGUCCAGGCUCCUUGUAGUCCAAGUUCCACAGCCCUGUACCUCCACCUUUCCUCCUCCAGGUGUUGGACCUCCGGUUGGAUCAUAUCGCUCCUCUGCCUUGGGUCUGCUUUACCCCAUUGCUGGAAGUGAGUAGAUCCAAGUCCUUGUCUGCCUAUGCAUGGGUUUCCCUAUGAUGUCCUUCAACUUUCUGCUUGAGCCACUGCUGUAUCAGCUGCCCAUUUCCGUCCUGAUCUUGUUGUGACACUUGCGCCUCUGACUUUUUCGUCUCUGGAAUCUCUGUAUAUCAUUGAAACUCUGCAAUAGGCCUACUGACAUGAAGCUUGGUGGAAUCCCGAGCCAGCCGCGGAGAUAUUUGUUCACUUGCCUCUCGAUUCCUUCCACUGAUGUCAUUGGCACUUCGUAGAUCGUCAGUAGCCACAUGAGUCUUGGCAGUAGACCGUGCUGGAAGAGCCAGGCCUUGAACUUUCCUGGUAGUCCAAAAGAACGUGACAGUAAUCACUCCGAGACAUGAUUUGUUCCUUUCUCAGUUCAGUUGAGCUCAGCCAUUAGCCUGGCGUGCCGGUCGGGAGUGGAUCUUGGACUCUUUGGCGAAUGACACACAGUGAGCAAGCGAGCAGGGGUCAGUGUCUCGUGAUUUGCUCACAGCGAAUGAACGAUAUGUAUCAGUUAGUCUGUGAAUGACAUGUAUCAGACUGUAGUGGAGCAGACAAAUGCAUAAUAUAGCCCGAAUCAUUCACUUUCUUAUACAAGCAUGAAAUUCGGUACAUAUACUCUUCAAACCCCACUCUUUUCAAAAAUAACGUUAGCCACACAAAAUUCUAAGAUGGCGGCCCAAAAAUCCAAGAUGUCCGCCCCAAAAAUGUGGUUUUUCCUUUAUAACUCAAAAUGCCUUGAUUUUAAGCCCCAUACAUAUAUUGAAGUUGAAUAUAAAGUUGUGUAUUGUGGACAUUUUGGUACCUAGUACAUCUCUGUAUCCAUUACGGUUCUUGAGAUACAGCAUACAGAUACUUGUACAGAAUUGGGAGUGAGAAAUUUGUAGUAAUCCAAUCUUAGUGACUAUGAAACAUUAACUUUUGGAUUACUUCAAUCCAAAAGUUGGCAGCCAUCUUGGACACCAUCUUGUUUUUCAAAUUUAAUGUUAUAACCCUCAUGAAAAUAAUAGAUAAUGGAAAUUAUAUUUUCAUAAAACCAUAUGCACGUAACAACAAUCGGUGUUACAAAUUUCUCACUCCCAAUUCUGUACAAGUAUCUGUAUGCUGUAUCUCAAGAACCGUAAUGGAUACAGAGGUGUACUAGGUACCAAAAUGUCCGCAAUACACAACUUUAUAUUCAACUUCAAUAUAUGUAUGGGUAACGGUUGUUACAGUAGGUAGGAAGCACAAGUAAGCAGUCCUGAACAACAGUAUUUACGGGGGUUAUUAUAAGGGGCAUGCGCUGCUACCAAAUACUACCGAGAUGUUGUCUGUGAUCACACAGCCCAUGCAGCUCAUGCCCAUUCAUUUCCAAGAUUAAUUCACUCAUUUGUUUAUUCCUAUCGUGUUUACAUUUUUUGUGUGAUAUGUUGGCCAUAUGAGCCUUUCAUGAAAGUGGUCAUCCGGAAAAGUAAGUGGGUCCAUGCGGUCCCUGUGAACUCUCGCGCGCCAGAGUGCUCCUCCUCGGACAAUACGAGCACCGAGGUUUACAGGAUCCUCCAAGAACGGACAAGCCGUUUUUCAAGAGAGCUCAUUGGUCAGUGGGUGGGGUUUUUAUGCUCGGUGAGUUCAAUCUGGAACUUAACCUGCCCCGGAGCAGGUUAGCCGUUCAGCGUAUGUUGCUAUGGAGACUCGCCUGGCUAAGAAGUGAACCCGCGUCGUAGAACAGGAAACCCCGAACUUACCCUCGAAGUUACCUCGCUAAGCAGUAAUCCUUCGUAGAACAGGCCCCAGGUGGACAUGCUGUCUGUGUUCAUCCAGGGAGGGGGAGAAGAUGAGGAUAUCAUCCAGAUAGACGAAGACAAAGCGGUUAAGCAUGUCACGGAGGAUGUCAUUCAUGAGAGUCUGGAAUACAGCAGGGGCAUUGGUGAGGCCAAAUGGCAUCACCAGGUACUCAAAGUGGCAUAGGGGUGUAUUGAAGGCGGUCUUCCAUUCAUCGCCCUCCUGGAUGCGGAUGAGGUGAUAGGCAUUACCGAGGUCCAAUUUGGGCAUGAUAGAGGGGCUUGAAGGAUGGGUCAAUGAGAGGCAGGGGGUCUUGUUCUUCAUAGUGAUGUCAUUGAGUCCACGGAAGUUAAUACAGGGAUGUAGAGAGGAGUCCUUCACAAAAAAGAAGCCAGCACCCAGCGGCGAGGAAGAGGGGCAGAUGAGCCUGUUGGUCAGAGUCCUGGAUGUUGGCCUCCAUGGCCUCUUUCUCAGGACGGGAUAGGUUGUACAAGCAGCCGAUGGGGAGAGGAGCCCCUGGUAGGAGGUCUAUAGCACAGUUUUAGGGGCAGUGGGGGGUAGGGACAGUGCUAAUUCCUUACUGAAGACAAAGGCAAGGUCAUGGUUUUCUGGAGGGACAUUGGAGAGGUCAGGAGGUGAAGGAGUUGACUGAAGACCAAAUAAAGCGGGGUUGGCAGACAGCAGACAGUGUGAGUGGCAUUGCAGGCUCGAACUACUGAUGGAGGAGCUCCUCCAGUCAAUGUGAGGGUUGUGUUGCUUGAGCCAAGGGAGUGCAAGAACCAGCAGGGAUACAGGGGAUUGAAUGAGAAACACCUGAAUGGUUUCUCGAUGGUUAUCUGAAAUGACUAGGGUGACAGGGGCAGUAAGGUGGCUAACGUGGGAGAUGAGGUGACCAUCCAGGGCAUUCACAUUCUCAGGGGAUUCCAGAGGCUCAAGGGGGAGUUGAAGUGAUUUUGCCAACCCAGAAUGGAUGAAGUUGUCAUCUGCCCCAGGUUCCAGGGGGGACUGGCUGAGACAGACAUGCGAUGAGGAGAGCUGGGGGAGGAGGAGGAGGUCUGACUCACCAUUGUGCUCUCCUUCAAUGGUGAGUCUUCCCUUUUAACAUCUAGGGGCAGUGAGCAAUGAAGUGUCCAGGUAGACCACUAUACAAAGGGGACGUUGGAAGGGAUCACGGGAGAGGGGCUUGAGUUCACUGCAGUGAAGGGAGCGGACCAGGAGGGGGAGCCAAUCUACAAGCCCUGAACCCUCUCUCUCUCUCUCUCUCUCUCUCUCUUUCUCUCUCUCUCUCUCUCUCUCUCUCUCUCUCUCUCUAUCUAUCUAUUUAUCUAUCUAUCUAUCUAUCUAUCUCAGGAGUGUUACUCACAGGUGUGGCAGUGCUGAGGGAACUUUUCUGGUGGUCCUCCUGGUGCAUUUUGGUGGCGAUGAGAGAGACUUGGUGAUGCAAUUGCUGAAAAGAGUCCAUAAUUCCAUGUAGCAUUUUAUCAUGACAUCCAGUUUGGAUACCUUGAGCGGAGAGGGCUUCCUUGACUACGUCCGGGUUAGCUGGGUCCAUGAUAGCCAGAUUAUUCUGUAAGGGUUUGUUUUCCUGAAGGGACCCAAGGCAGGCAGUGGAGGCAGAGGAAGCUUUAAGUGGUUUUAUUAAUAAAGAUAGGUGCAGGAUGGUUAGAGGUCCGGGGUCCAGGGAGGGAAGAGAUUCUUGGUGAGGGGGUGAGGCUGUAUGUGAUCUGAAGAAGACAACAGGUGAGUGGAGCUGAACAGAGAGUGUGGCAGUCGUGACAUAGGUUGGGUAGGCACUGGCAGCUGGUGUAGGCACUAGAGGAGAAGGAAGACAACAGGGGUAACUAUCAGGCUGAACAGUCACAGAAAAAGUCUCUAAAUCUUGAAAAUACUUGCGAGAGGCCUACAUACCACUGUAGAAACAGGAAUAAUCUGGCACUGAGCAGUCAGAGAGCAGAACUUAAGAGCAGGUGGUGAUCAGCUUGAUCCGGUGGUCCUGCUGACGAGGAGCCGCCCAACCUCUGUAAGGGGAAAAGGGAGACUCCACACACACAAAAAAGACUCCAUGUUGCCCAUAAGUGAUAGAAACCAGUGUUAUCGUGACAUUUUGUCCUCCAAACCACCCUUUUCAAGACUUGAACCAAUCUGAUAGCUUUGAUCUGAUUGGAUUAGCUUUGGAUGACCCUACCUCAGAUCUCACCCAGCUUUCCUGUGUGUAUUCAUCUCUUUUCAGGCACCCUGCCAGGCUCUUGCCCAGAGUGUUUUGGCUGAGUUACCUCAACAAGUGGCCUCCUUCUUCACUUUAAUGAAACUGAAGCCUCCUCAUGAUCCCAAUCCUUCAUAGGGGUACUCCAAAAAUUCAGUUACUGAACCCGCCAACAUCCUUGUCCUUGCUUUCCCUGCAUGAAAAACCGCUUCACUUAAUCCCUGCAUGAAACACUGCAUCUAAACACUGCUUCACUAAACCAUUUUCAGCUGUUUGUCUUCUCACCUCCUCAUCCAUCUCUGUUUCAUACAGAUUUAUCAUGAGUGUUGAGCAGUGGUGCUGCCAGGGAUUUUUGGCCCCAUGAAAAAAAUCUUACUGGGCCCCCCAUAGCUGGCCGUAAAGCCGGCAGAAAAUGUUAGUACUAUUUUUCAUAAAACUGCAUUUUAAUGAUAUUUUUGACACUCAUUCCCAUAUACACUCACCGGCCACUUUAUUAGGUACACCAUGCUAGUAACGGGUUGGACCCCCUUUUGCCUUCAGAACUGCCUCAAUUCUUCGUGGCAUAGAUUCAACAAGGUGCUGGAAGCAUUCCUCAGAGAGCUUGGUCCAUAUUGACAUGAUGGCAUCACACAGUUGCCGCAGAUUUGUCGGCUGCACAUCCAUGAUGCGAAUCUCCCGUUCCACCACAUCCCAAAGAUGCUCUAUUGGAUUGAGAUCUGGUGACUGUGGAGGCCAUUUGAGUACAGUGAACUCAUUGUCAUGUUCAAGAAACCAGUCUGAGAUGAUUCCAGCUUUAUGACAUGACGCAUUAUCCUGCUGAAAGUAGCCAUCAGAAGUUGGGUACAUUGUGGUCAUAAAGGGAUGGACAUGGUCAGCAACAAUACUCAGGUAGGCUGUGGCGUUGCAACGAUGCUCAAUUGGUACCAAGGGGCCCAAAGAGUGCCAAGAAAAUAUUCCCCACACCAUGACACCACCACCACCAGCCUGAACCGUUGAUACAAGGCAGGAUGGAUCCAUGCUUUCAUGUUGUUGACGCCAAAUUCUGACCCUACCAUCCGAAUGUCGCAGCAGAAAUCGAGACUCAUCAGACCAGGCAACGUUUUUCCAAUCUUCUAUUGUCCAAUUUUGAUGAGCUUGUGCAAAUUGUAGCCUCAGUUUCCUGUUCUUAGCUGAAAGGAGUGGCACCCGGUGUGGUCUUCUGCUGCUGUAGCCCAUCUGCCUCAAAGUUCGACGUACUGUGCGUUCAGAGAUGCUCUUCUGCCUACCUUGGUUGUAACGGGUGGUUAUUUGAGUCACUGUUGCCUUUCUAUCAGCUCGAACCAGUCUGGCCAUUCUCCUCUGACCUCUGGCAUCAACAAGGCAUUUCCGCCCACAGAACUGCCGCUCACUGGAUAUUUUUUCUUUUUCGGACCAUUCUCUGUAAACCCUAGAGAUGGUUGUGCGUGAAAAUCCCAGUAGAUCAGCAGUUUCUGAAAUACUCAGACCAGCCCUUCUGGCACCAACAACCAUGCCACGUUCAAAGUCACUCAAAUCACCUUUCUUCCCCAUACUGAUGCUCGGUUUGAACUGCAGGAGAUUGUCUUGACCAUGUCUACAUGCCUAAAUGCACUAAGUUGCCGCCAUGUGAUUGGCUGAUUAGAAAUUAAGUGUUAACGAGCAGUUGGACAGGUGUACCUAAUAAAGUGGCCGGUGAGUGUAUGUGAAAAGAGCAAAAUGACAGUUACUUGGUAGGGGAAGCACUGAAAAUACAAUUAAAUUAAUUUUGAUUCAAUUAUUUGCUGCAAACUGAAAUGCAACCAUAAUCCGUGGAGAAAAAAACAUCAAAGACAAAAUGGGCAAUUACCUUUUAUGAUUUAUUGUAGUUUGAACAUCAUCUUUAGAAUAAGAUGCAACAAGCAAAACAAAAAAAAUAACAAAUAAAUAAAUCUAAUCAACAGCAGAUGUUAAACUCAGUAAAGCAGGGUCACAUCUGAAUAGAAAAAUAGCAGGAUUUCACAUGGUAUAUUGUAUUGUAUGACAAUGAACUGAAUGUAACAAGAUCACAAGUAGACCACUGUAGAGAUUUUAAGCCAAACCAUAGCGAAGAGUCAUACUUAAUAUAAGUAAACACAUUUUCAAGGUAAAACAGUAAAAUUAUAUAUCAAAGAAUGUUGGGGGUACCUCAGCGGCUGCUGCUCCUCUUGUCCUCUUGGUGUGUCUGUGGGGGAAACUGAUUGACUGUAGACCCACCUUGCCUGUGAAAAAACUGGGUGACAUACUGUCGACCCCUUAGCUUUUUUUUCCUUUCAUUUUUGGCUCUCAGAUUUUUGAGGCAUCAUGCUCUCUCUCUACUUGCUGUCUUUGAAAAAUUAGCACUUAGCGUCUGGGAAAACGGAGCAGGUUGACUGAACCGUUUUAUUUAAAUUGGGGGGGGGGGUGGACUUGAGAAAUGUUUUGCAAAACAAAUAAACUUAGUGUUACCAAUACAUUGUAUAUAAAAUGUAUGUGUAACUGUAAGUUUAUUACAGAGUACGAUAAAAUUUGUCUUAGGGGCCUCUCUGGGCCCCUGAUAAUUACGGGCCCCUAGAAUCCUUCUCCUUUUACCCCCCCCCCCCCCUUUUGGUGCCCCGGUUGUUGAGUGAGGGAGAGAGAAGCAUUCAUGCACCUUAUUUGUCUUUCGUUUUAUUAAGCAGUGUUGCGUUUUGCAUAUUCUAACCAUGGAUGUGCAUUUCAUGACUCUGGCACUUUGUUUUCUUUUACUUUUUGGAGUUUUUAAGUCCGCGUCUGGCGACCUGUUCAGCGGCUCCAUUGUUGACAGUCGUGAACAGCUGUUGGCGCAGUGCCAAGCCCGGCCACCUUCAUAGGACAGACGGGACAUCCCCGCCAAGCUCCGCAGGAGAGGGAGAGGAUGCAGAGCCGGGCAAAGCAGAGACGUUUUAUACCAACUGUCCCGUCCAUCAUCAUGGGAAACGUGAGGUCUCUCCCCAACAAGAUGGAAGAGCUCACAGCGCUGACUCGGCUGCAGUGGGAGUACCGGGAGUGCAGCCUCAUGAUGUUCACAGAGUCAUGGCUGAACGAACUCCCUCCUGACCUGCUCGUAACUUUGGACGGAUUUCAUCUCGUCAGAGCGGACCACAGCGUGAGGGAAAGUGGUAAGAAGAAAGGAGGCGGGAUAGCGUUGUAUGUGAAUGAGAGAUGGUGUAAUGCUGGGCACGUCAGUGUUAGAGAGCAGUGCUGCUCUAAGGACAUUGAGCUGCUGGCUGUGAGUUUGCGGCCAUAUUACCUGCCAAGGGAGUUUUCGCACGUCAUCGCGUUAACUGUUUACACCCCCCCUCUCGGCUGAUGCUGCUGCAGCCUGUGAACUCCUCCACAGUGAAGUGUCCAAGCUACAAACAUCAUACCCUCAAUCUCUGAUCAUCAUCUCUGGAGACUUUCAUCAUGCAUCGCUCUCCUCCACUCUCCCUAUCUUCAGCCAGUAUGUGGAAUGCCCAACAAGAGACAAUAAAACUUUGGACUUACUGUAUGCAAACACCAAGGAUGCAUACACCUCCUCCCCCCUCCCCCUGCUGGGCCACUCAGAUCACAACCUGGUGAGACUGCAGUCCAUUUACAUACCUGUAGUGAAGAAACAACCCCCCACCAUCAGGUAUGUUAAGAGGUGGUCUGAGGAGGCCACUGAGGCGCUGCAGGACUGUUUUGAGACCACAGACUGGGAUGUACUGUGCGGCUCACAUGGUGAAGACAUCGACACCAUGACAGAUUGCAUCACGGACUAUAUAAACUUCUGUGUUGAGAACACCGUACCCACCAGGAAAGUACAGUGUUUCUCCAACAGCAAACCCUGGGUGACCCUUGAACUUUAAGUCCUCCUGAAGGAGAAGAGGAGGGUCUUUAAAUCCGGGGACAAGGAGGAGCUGAGGAGGGUGCAGAAGGAGCUGAAAUGGGGGAUCAGAGAGGGAAAGGCCAGCUACAAGACCAAGAUGGAAAACCUUCUGCAACAGAACAACGCGAGGGAGGUCUGGAGAGGCCUGAAAUCCAUCUCAGGUCACAGCAGGGGCCACGAGAGGGGACCUGAAGCAGGAGACAGGGAGUGGGCCAACGAGCUGAAUCUGUUCUUCAAUAGAUUUGACUCUGCUCCCACUCCUCCCCCGACUCAUCAAACCAAUGACCCGUCUGCUUCUUCUUUACACCACCUCAGUUCUCUAGCACCGGCAUCAUCACCCCCCCUCCACUCAUCCUCCAGCACCACCCCCAGCCUCUCCAUAACAGCUGACCAGGUGAGAAGUGAGCUGAGGAAGAUAAAACCAAGGAAGGCCACGGAUCCUGACGGCAUCAGCUCCAGACUCUUGAAGGACUGUGCAGCUCUGUGAGGUGCUACUGCACAUCUCCAGCUUGAGCCUGAGUCUGGAGAGGGUCCCAGCACUGUGGAAGACUUCUUGCAUGAUUCCUGUCCGCAAGACAGCACACCCCAGGGAGCCCAACCAAUGUUCCCUCUAAUUUUUCAUGUGUCUGGGCAAACACACAAGCUUCCUGAGCACACUGAAGAUCAUUGUGAGCACCAUCAAAUGCGCACACUGGAUGGUGGCCUUACCCUUAGACCACCGGCGGGAGCGCACAUCACUAGCUUCCAUUCAGCGCAGCCUUUAGUUCCCUCCGGCCGCGUAUUUCUCUGCAGCGCUUCUGCUCGUCCAACUGUUGUUUCAGAGCUAUCAUGGAUAUGCCGCUAUGUUUUCCUGACUGUAUCAAACAUAUUUGUCCACUUCUUUUAUGUAUCCGUGAAUGAAAGUCGUCUACAGGGCUAUACACACACAGACAGUCACACACACACCCGCACACACAGGGACACGGACCAGCGCUGACAACUGCUUGUGUAGAUUUACUGUUGUCCAUAUGUUUUCGCUAUCUGUGUGUAGCUGAGUAAAUAUUUCGAAAUAAAUAUCAGACUUUGAUAAAAAAAAACAUUUUAAUUUACUUUUUAGGUGACAAUGUCACCAGGUGGACACCCGCGGCUUAUUUACCGGUGCGGCUUAUACGUGUACGAAGUUAUUUUUUUCCCUAAAAUAAGCAUCUGCGGCUUGUUUAACGGUGCGCUCUAUAGUCCGGAAUUUACGGUAUAUAAGCAAUGUCAAUGCGAUGAUUGGCUACGUAGCGUAAGUGAACCGUAUCACAUCAUUGGCUGGACAUCUAUCACUCACUGUGUUAGACAUGCACUGUAUAGCUUUUCUUGUGCGCUGAUAAUGUGUGAGCAGUGCGCGAUUGCGCAGGCGCGCAGCUUAGAGGGAACAUUGAGCCCAACCACUUCAGACCUGUGGCCCUCACUUCUCACCUGAUGAAGACUCUGAAGAGGAUUGUGCUGAGGAACCUCCGCCUCCUAGUGAGCUCUCAUCUGGAUCCUCUGCAGAUUGCGUACCAGCCGAACAUCAGAGUGGACGACGCUGUCAUCUACCUGCUGCAGAGGUCCAUGGCUCACUCGGAGAACACUGGCAGCACUGUGAGGGUCAUGUUUUUUUACUUCUCCAGUGCUUUCAACACCAUCCAGCCUUCACUACUAAGGGGGAAGCUUGAGAGGGCGGGAGUGGACUGUCACCUAGUUGCAUGGACCGUGGACUAUCUCACCGACAGACCACAGUUUGUGAGGCUUCAGAACUGUGUGUUGGACAUGGUAGUCUGCAGCACAGGGGCUCCACAGGGGACAGUGCUCUCCCCCUUCCUCUUCACCCUGUACACCUCGGACUUCAGCUACAACUGUCACUUCUGGAGCUGUCACCUCCAGAAGUUCUGUGAUGACACAGCCAUCGUCAGAUGUGUAUCGUCAGGGGAUGAGCGGGAAUACAGGACUGUCAGGAGGGGGACACCUCAGACUGUUCCAGUGAACAUCCAGGGUCUGGACAUCGAGAUGGUGGAGUCCACCAGAUUCCUGGGUGUCCACCUCAACAAUAAACUGGACUGGUCAACAAACACAGACGUCCUGUACAAGAAGGGCCAAAGUCGUCUCCACCUGCUGAGGAGACUGAGGUCCUUUGGAGUGUGCAGGACUCUGCUCAGGACUUUCUGUGACUCUGUGGUAGCAUCUUCACUUUUAUAUGCAGUGGUCUGCUGGGGGCUAGAGAGCACCGAGAGGAACAGGAAGAGACUGAACAGACUGGUCAGGAGGGCCAGUUCUGUCCUGGACUUCUCCUUGGACUCCCUGGAGGAGGUGGGUGAGAGGAGGAUGUUAGCAAAGCUUGUAUCCAUCAUGGACAAUCCCUCUCACCCACUGCACCAGACUGUGGGGGCCUUAAGCAGCUCCUUCAGCAGCAGACUGAGACUCCCACCUUGCGGAACGUAACCGCAGGUCAUUCCUCCCUUCUGCAAUAAGACUUUACAACGAACUGCAUUAAAACUGGACUCACACCACUACUUUUUUCUGGUACUUAAAUUGUGUAUAUUGUAAAUAGUUUUAUUUUUUCUUCUCCCUAUUUCCUUUUCUAAUAUUUUUCUUAAUUAGAACAUUUAUUUAAGUUCUUAAUAUAUGAUCUUUAUUUUUAUAAAUGCAUUUUUGCACUUUGUGAUGCUGCUGUGACAAAAAAAUUUCCCCCAUGGGGGAUCAAUAAAGGAAUAUUCUAUUCUUCUAUUCUAUGCUCACAGUAACAAGAUCAUUUUCCCUUUAGGUUGAUUGUUUUGGGUUUUUUUCCAAUAAGUUCAAUUUGGACUCGCUUUCCAGCCAGUAUUAGCCAUAAUCUGCAACUUUUCCGAGCUUUUUGGAGCAAACAACACCAGUCCGACACCACAACAAGUAUUAGUUCACAAUCAUUCUCCAGUUUUUGCGUGAAUGAAAGAGAAACAAUUUUGGCAGCAACUGAAAUGUUGCACUCGCUGGAUCAAAAAGGCAGGUGACAACCAGGGGAUGGCUUCAUGGUGUCUCUGUCCAUUUACAUACAGUUAUUUGACUCCAAACUAGGUAAACAAUACAUUACAAUAUGAGAAUUUUAUCGAUCCCCAAAGGGAAAUUCAUUUGUCUGGAGUCUCAUGCCAUCUGUUAGUCAAAGAGUUAUAAAGUACAACAGAUCUUCUUAAUCUUUCCGUCCUACAGUAAAGAAAGAGGAGCUGUCCACCACCAUUAUGUUGGUCCAUCAAAGUGUUAUGAAGCAGAUUACCCAAAAAUGACACCAAAGGAAGGCGACAGACUGAUAGUAUAACAAACAAGAACGAAUUGUUCUGCAUAGAUCUAAAGAUGAUUUUGGCUUCUAGAUUAAAUAAUUUAUGAACGCAGUUAUCUUCUCUGAACCGGUCCUGAAAAUCUGCCAAAGCCUUCUCUGUGUUGUGGGUCAUGCUUGCUUCAAGUCUGCUUUUUUCAGGUGCUUGUGAGUUUUAACAGUUGUUAGAUGUUCCUGCCCCAUUUACUUCCUCUCGAAUUUCUUCUGCUGACUGGUAAGCCAUUAAUCGCAGAGCUGAAGUUAUGUUUUCUCCUGCUGUCUCCUGAUGCUGUCUGAAGAAACGCUAUUAUCAGAUUGUCAACAUGAAGAGGGGAAAUCAUAAACAAUGCAUUAAAGAAGAAGGAGAACUUUAUUGAUCUCCGAGGGGAAAUUUGAUAAACCCGUAUAUUCAAUGUACCCAAACAGUUUUCUGUGGAUUGGUUUGAAGUUUGGGUUAUGGUUGCCUGUAAUGCUGUCUUUGCAAUUCAGUUAAUGGUUAAUGGUUUUCUAGGUUGAAUUAGUUUUUAAGCAGGACAAAACUGAGAGAAAAAAAUGAUAUUACAAUUUUGUCACUUCCUGCACUUAGAAAUUCCACAGACAUGAGCAAUAGUAAGACCCCUCCUUUCCUUUGGUCCUCAUCUGCAUUCUACACCUCCCUCAUGCUCCUUAAGCUGAUAAUUCACUGAUCAUAGUAACCUCAUCAUGCAUAACUCAAGCAUAUCUUCUCUCUGUGUUGUUUUCUACUUUUUUGACUUCUAUACUCUCUCUUCAGGCUCCUCAAGAAGCUCUGGCAAAGAGUGUGCUAGCAGAAGUUCCUGAUCAGUUGGUGGACUUUUUCAAUACCAUGAAGCAGCAGCCACCCAAGUCCAGUACUACUGCUCCAAACUCUGCAGGGACCUUCUGAUAUGGACUCAGACCGGUAUCCUCUCCUGCUGAUGUUGCAAUUUUAUAUCAUCUCACAGCUAGGAGAAUGACUUCCUAACCCUUUGUCUUGUAUCACCGUACAUGCGUGCAGCUUUGCCAGGUUAACCAUCCUGACCGUACAUAAACACUCCGGUGUAUAGACCAACCUGUGUUUCCUGGAAACUCUGUGUAUAGGCCCAGUUUUUAAUGAUGCAUGUUUGUUAAUCUGAGCUGUCAUUUAGCACUACAGCCACUAAAAAAUCACAAUAAUCAUUCUAUUAUUUUAUAGAAAAGGUGCUGGCCUUGUACAAUAGUUAAUAGAAGAAAAAAAUUGUCUGCUCUGUAAACCUAACUCGAAUGAAAGCAUUUAUAGUAUCUGCAGCAGCUGACCAGUUCUUUGGGUUACUGUGCUCUGAACUUUAGGGUGUAACCUUAGACUGUAUGGACAACUUGGCUCCACCUUCUGUCAUUAUACAAAUUUAAAGCCAAAUUGCGCUCUGUAUUUUCUCCACUUCCUGGAGCAACCAAUUGUGCAGUAGUGCUGUACACAUUCGGCAGGAGAGCCGCUAUGAUGACGCGUGGCUCAAACAGAGUAUCCCCUGGGUGAGCUACGCAAUCUUCGUACGCCCAUAGGGUGUAUCAAGUGUCAAUCAUAGAAAACAUAAACCCCCUUAUAACUUUUAAAAAUAGAGCUGUACAGAAAAAAAGAGGACUUGAACACAAACCAGUCUUAUAGUAACUACAUGUCAACAUCCCAACCAGGGAGGAGAAAAAUUUAUAUUCCGUGUAAUUAAUUCAUAAAGUUUGUCCACAGCUCCAUGGGGAUUGAUAGUGGAGGCAGGAUUUAUGACCUAUACUGCAGCCUGUUCUCGUGGGGGCUUCACCCAGCUAGGAGGCAGACGGCAUCCAUACUAUAUACAGUGUAUGGGUGUAACACAGUAAUCGUUAUUUAAAGCACUUAAUAGGUGUGUAAAAUAGAGUUGAGUUUACAGCAGAUGUAUGAGGAGGUGAAGCCCAAAAAGCUAUCUUUUCAUAGCGCCCAGAAUCCCUGGGGGCCCCCGGCUAGGGUUGGGUAUUGUUUGAUUUUGAACGAUUCCGAUUCCAAUUUCGAUUCCUCAUUUCGAUUCCGAUUCCUAUCGAUUCUCUAAUUCGAUUCUUUUAAAAGGCAGGAUAUCAAAAAGAAAAAAGAAAAAAAAAAGCAUGGUUUGAAUGAGGGUGCUAACCGGGGCUCUUCUUUUUGGAUGAAAUUUCUGAACUCCUCCAUGAAUUUUUAAAUCCUAUUAACUUUUUAAGAACUUUACUAUGGAUUUCUCACAGAGCUAUUUUCAACCAGUAUAUAAAUAUCAAUUUUUGUUUUCAGGUCGUUUGUCUAUGAAAAAGUACAAGGGCUAACGUUAGGUGGAUAUUUAAGUUUACUCACCGUACACAGUUCAAUUUCUUUACCGUUUCAAAGUUAGCAGAGGACAGAAGUAAUUUAUUGUUUCACUUAUCUGAUCCUGACUGGUUAGCGGAAGACAGGUGUUGUGCUGUAGAAUGCACCCCUGCCAUGGAAUGCCUCCCCUCCACUGAUUAGCUUCUUAGUGGAAGAAAUAUGAUCUCAUAUUUAAUAAAACACGGGUAUUAGAUCAUGAAAACAUGUCAAAUGGAGCAGUAAACUUUCGUUUUGUUUGUAUGUGUCUCAAAAAUGCACACAUAAAAGUGUACUUGGGUAUAUAAACUGUAGAAUAAGCUGUUAAUGUAGAGAACAUUAUAUUUUCGGGACAGUAAAUAUUCCGAAUCAGAGGGCUAUUGUUUUCGGCCUAUCUGAAUAGCCUGAAUGAAAUCAUUAAAGGCACACGCUUUAGAUUCCGUCCAACGGUAAGAAAAACUUGGAUUGUUUCGCCUUGUUGUGUACUUUCAACCGCGCUCCCGUCAGGGGUGCAUUCUCUGGCACAACACCGGCGAAGCGCGUCAAAGACGAGCACUCGGGUAUUUCUCCUCCAUGAAUCCUGAGGUGUUUAAUCAUGUUGGUCGUUAACCCUCCUUUGCAUGAUAUAACUGUAUUGCUAAUGUUGCAUUGAGAUAAGAGUUCAUUCUUCCUGCUAAAGUUAGCCAAACUUUUGACCAAUGAAGAAGAAGCUGCCGAACACUAACGAGGACGGAGCGUAUGAGA